AUGCCCUCAGGAAGGAUUAGUGACAACCUUUCAAAUUGGAUUAAGUAUGAAAGAUCAACCUUGUACGAUAUUGGAAAAUCAGUGACUGCCCAAGGCAAUAGACUUAAUAACAUUGUGGUGCAGCAAAUUAAACAGUUAGAAAUACAAAGAAAUAAACGUGGUAAGAGAAGUGGUCAGAGUCAUGUGAGAUUAUGGGAUAUUAAUCAAGGAGUUAAUGACGAUAAUCUAAGAACAUUACCACAAGCUAUUCCAACUGUUGUUUAUAAUAAACGUGCCUCAAAAACAAACUCAAAUACACUUAACAUUAAUAAUAUCAUUCAGAUCAAGCAAAUACAAAAUGUCAGUGCAACAAAAAGUCAGAAAAACUUAAAAGUAUGCUCAAUCAACCCUAGGUCAGUGAAGAAUAAAACAAUAGCCAUCUGCGAUUUUAUCCUAUCAAACGACUUUGAUAUAGUUGCUAUCACUGAGACAUGGUUGAGUAGUUCAGUUGAUAAAGUUUGCAGUAGUGAACUAGUUCCGAACGGGUAUAAAAUGAAGCAAGUUCCUCGACCUGCCAAAAUGCGAGGGGGAGGUGUUGCUAUUAUCUACAAAUCCAACAUAAAUUUCAAAGUUUUGACCUCAUCUACCGAUGGAAACUUUUCUACAUUUGAACACAUUGACUGUAAUAUAGCUAUCGAAAAAGAAUCCUUCUGCCUUUCUGUUAUCUAUAGACCACCACCAUCACAAAAGAAUGGUCUCAGUACAAACACUUUUCUUGAACAGGAAUGGCCUUUGUUUCUUUCGAAAUAUGCAACUAUUGGUAAACCGGUAAUAAUUGUCGGGGACUUCAACCUUCAUGUAGACAAACUUUUAGAUCGUGAUGCGUUAAAAUUCAUCAGUUGUCUUGAAACAUUUGGAUUAAAACAACAUGUUCAGGGACCUACACAUGUUGCAGGACAUACCCUUGAUGUUGUUAUCACCCGAGACACUGACAACAUUGUGUCCAAUAUAGAGGUCAGAGACCCGGGGCUAUCUGAUUCGAGUGGAAAGAUAUUACGUGAUCACUUUGCCGUCAUUUUCAACGCUCAUCUAUAUAAGCCACCUCCAAUAAAGAAAACUGUCUCUUUCCGUAAAUUCAAAUCGAUUAACAUUAAAGGUUUCAGAGAGGAUAUGAAAUCAUUAGAUAUAUUAAAUGCGAAUAUUUGUAUUUCCGACCUAGACGAAUAUGUGGAAUCUUUGAACACUGGUUUGUCAACCCUUAUUGAUAAACAUGCUCCGCUAAUAACAAAAACAAUCGUCCUCAGACCGUCUAAUCCAUGGUUUAAUGACGAACUUCACGAGGCAAAACAUUCCAAACGAAAGCUGGAACGAAAGUGGAAAAGAUCUCAACUGACAGUUGAUCAUGAGAUUUACAGAAGUCAAUGUGCGUAUGUCAAUAAAUUACUCAAACGAACACGUAUUAGCUUUUAUGCCGAAAAGAUAGAGUCAUGUGGUCGUGACCAAAAAACAUUAUUUAAAGUGACAAAAAAUCUUCUUGGAAGAACCGAUGAGGUUGUUUUACCAGUUGCUUCAUCAUCAGCAGACCUAGCUCAAGAGUUCAGUGAUUUUUUCGUCGAUAAAAUAGAUAAAAUACGUGACAAGAUUCGAUCAGAGACAAACAUACAAGCUGUACAAGUCGACACACAAGAGUGUAUGAAUAGUGAAAUAGAUGAGCUAGUUGAAUUUACACCUGUAACUGAAAAUGAACUGAGAAAAGUUAUAUCAAAAUCACAAAGUAAAUCUUGUGAACUAGAUGUGCUACCAACAUGGCUGUUAAAAGAAUGUUUGGACGAAUUGGUCCCGUCAUUGACAAAACUGAUUAACUAUUCAUUAGAUCGCUCAUAUGUUCCGAAAUCAUUCAAAAGUUCCCUGAUCAGACCGCUCAUCAAGAAGCCAGAUUUAGAUUCCAACAUUCUAAAGAAUUACAGACCUGUUUCGAAUCUGCCAUACGUGUCUAAAAUUAUUGAGAAAAUAGUUGACUCUCGUCUGGAAGGGUAUUUAACAGCAAACGAGCUUCACGAUCCCCAUCAAUCUGCCUAUAGAAAAUUCCAUUCAACUGAAACAGCACUAAUAAAAGUUCAAAAAUGA